UUCUCAAUCGCAGAUGUGAGUGGGGAACCAUCUGGUCGCAAAAACGGUUAUGUGACUCCAAAGAAGCCAGACCCGCCACCCAAAUAUGCCAAACCUGUUAUGAUGAAUCCGGAAAUUCAAACCGUGAAAGCAGGAGCAAUAGUUAUGGAGGUUAUAUCUGAAACGGAUCACAACGAAUCAUUCCUAUCGACUAUUUCAGUGAAAGAUCGAGUCAAAGAAUUUGAACGUCACGGAAAGAAUAACGAUGGGGCGCCUCCGAAGAAAUCCCAUUCCGUAAAAGCGACCAAACCUGCAGAACGACCAGACGUAAAUGAAAAAGAGAAAAAUGGAGAGACAGCACUGCAUAAAGCUGCUGAGACUGGUGAUGCGAAGGAAGCUCGAAAACUCAUCGACAAUGGAGCCGAUGUUAAUAUUGAAGGUGAUUCGAAAAUGACACCUCUUCAUUAUGCUGCAGUGGAAGGUCACACGGAUGUUGCUAAACUUCUCAUCGACAAUGGAGCCAAUGUUGAUAGUGAAAAUAAUCUGAAAGUGACACCUCUUCAAUAUGCUGCUAAGAAUGGUCACAGGGAUGUCACUGAAGCGCUUCUCAAGAAUAAAGCCAAUGUUAAUAUUGGAAAUAGUUUUAAAAUGACAGCUCUUCAUUUAGCUGCUUAUAAUGGUCACAAGGGUGUUGUUGAAUUGCUCAUUAAAUAUAAUGCCAAUGUUAAUUUGAAAGAUGGUUUUAAUCUAACACCAAUCCGCUAUUCUAUUACUUUUGGUCACACGGAUAUCACUAAACUUCUCAUGGACAAUAGAGCCGAUGUUAAUUUCAAAGAUGAUCCUAAUUUGACGCCUAUUUGUCAAGCUGCGAUAAAAGGUCGCGAGGAGUUGGCUAAAUACGUUCGUAAAAUGAGUGGACAAAAGUCAUAA